AUGUCUAAACAAUCCAUCGCCAUGAUUGCCGCUAUUAGUGCCGGAGGCGGCGCCGCCCUCACCGCCGCCGUCUACUCAUUACGUUCCAAGUCCGAAUCCCAACAACAACAAACGCAACCCACGCCCACGACGCCAGGCCUUCCCGGCGCCUAUCCCCCUCAACCUCCCAUCACCGCCCUCGGCGCGCCUCUGCCCACCGCCGCCACGCUCGCCAACCCAACCGCGCCCGUCAACCCUUCUGGCCUCUUCGAGUACGGCUUCCCCGGCCCCGUCGCCGACGUGGCCGCGCGCUCCGCCCUCAUCUCCAGCUACGACCGCCGCACGCGCAACCCGCACUGGGUCGCCGAGCACAUCACGCCGGCCUCGCUCGCGCGCCGCGAGGCCGACCGCAAGCACAGCGUCUUCCUCGAGGACCCGUCCAUCCCCGCCAACUUUCGCGCCGGCCUCAAGGACUACUUCCGCAGCGGCUACGACCGCGGCCACCAGGUGCCCGCCGCCGACGCCAAGUGGUCCCAGCAGGCCAUGGACGACACCUUUUACCUCUCCAACAUGUGUCCGCAGGUCGGCGAGGGCUUCAACCGCGACUACUGGGCCCAUUUUGAGGAUUUCUGCCGCCGCCUCACCGUCCGCUACCCUUCGGUCCGCGUCGUCACCGGCCCGCUCUACCUGCCCCGCAAGGACCCCGUCGACAACAAGUGGUACGUAAAGUACGAAAUGAUUGGCAGCCCGCCGUCCGUCGCCGUGCCUACGCACUUUUACAAGGUCAUCUUUGCCGAGGACGGCAAGGCUGGCGGCAACGUCGCCCUCGGCGCCUUUGUCCUCCCCAACGCGCCCAUUGACAACGCCAAACCAAUCACCGACUUUGAGGUCCCCGUCGAGGCCGUCGAGCGCGCCAGCGGCCUCGAGUUUGCCUCCAAGCUGCCCGCUCAGCGCCGCAAGCGUCUCUGCGCAGACACCACCUGCGCCCUCGUCAUCAAGGACUAUGCCGACAGGCAAAAGGCCUUUGCCAAGGGUGGUGACAAGCGCGCGCUGCCGCCUCCGCAAUAG